GGUGUUCUGUGAGCAUGCGUGUGAGCAAGAUUUGCGUUCAGGUAGUUCGGGCGCUUGCUGUCUACGAGCUGUAAGAAGGUGACUGAUGGACACAAAAUCACAAGAAAGCUCUCUUGACCAGAGCGAGGUCACGCGGCUGCUGAAAGACAUUCUUCACGUGGGAGAAACUCCAGCUAGUGCUUCGGAUGGCACCAUGACAGCCAAUGACAUGGAUGAAGGUGCUGGAGUCUACGGGGAUGCCUUUGACGGUGUAACGUCCGACGGAAGUCUUUUGGAGAGUUUAUUUCAUCCUAAACAGCAGCCACAUGACACUGACCCUAAACUCAUAUUGCUACAGGAGGAUGAAGAAGAUGUUAGUGUGGACAUGUGCGGAACAGAAGUGCAAGUUUCUGUCAGUUGUCCUCGAGAAAAUGAUGGCAGUAGCAACCGGGUAAAAAUCAAGAAUAUUGUUGAUUACACCUGGGAUCUGAAGUACAACUAUGGAAAGCAAAUUUCCUUGCAUAUGUCUGGAACAUACUUAGCAUAUGGUUUGAAAGCCGCAACUUCCCCUGUUGGUGUAGUGCGAGUGCUGAAUUUGAAAACUGGCGACCGGCUCCUUAUCAAAGGAUUCAGAGGCCAUAUUCGGGACAUGGCCUUUGCCCAUCUUGCAACCACAGUUCUGCUGGCUAUAGUGGAUGAGUUUGGGAUACUCUGUGUUUAUGAAAUUCAUGAGAACACCACGAUUCUUUUGCUAAAGGUGGAGCGCCCUACUGAUGAAGUAUCAAGUGAAUAUCGUCGUGUGAUAUGGUGUCCCUACGUGCCAGAUGAUGGUGCAAGAGGAGGAAACAGUUCACAAGAAGACAAUUUUAAGUUCCUAGUAGCUACGAACCACGAAGAGGCAGAAGUAUGGAAUAUUGGCCAAGUAGAAAGUCGAGAUGGAUCGAGGACACUGACAGUGCCUCAAGUUCGUGUUGGUCUUCAGAGGAUCAUUGAACACACAAAGCCCAUUAUUGAUGCGGCAUUUGCACCCGAUGGCACGGCACUUGCCACUGCUGGUGCUGAUGGACAGGUGCGCUUCUUUCAAGUUUAUAUGCAAGACCCUGAUGCAACACCCAGGUGCCUUCAUCGAUGGUCCCCACACGGCGAAAAGCCCGUGACUUGCCUGUUCUUUUUGGACAAUUUAAAGGCAUGCGAUCCAGACACACAGUUCUGGAAAUUUGCUCUGACUGGUACAGAUAGGAACACUGAAUUGAAGAUAUGGAGCUGUGAAACCUGGGCUUGUCUUCAGACUAUUAGGUUCGUAAUGUCACCUGAAGACUGGCACCAUUGCCUGCAAAAGUCAGCGGCAGCUGACAAACUCUUGAGGUACAUGCACUCUGGUGGAAAGCUUGCUGCGGCGGCAUCCCGCCCAUCGGCAUCUCUCCACGGCAAGCAGCUGCAUGCUGUCCACAUUGGUGGCGCUGCAAGAGUAGCGAGACCAGAGUGGACAUGUCGAGACUUGCGCGCUUACCAGCUCAUUGCCAUUCCCAACAGGCAGAGAGAGGUGGCACGGGUCAUGUAUGUUGGCCGGGUGCAACAAGACACUAAAGCAGAACUGGUGACUCUUGCUGCAUUUCCGGUGGCUCUUCCUGUUCUCAAUUUCACAGUGGUUGAAGCAGUACGUUGCAAGUUCAAGCAGACCUCUGACACGGAGCUUGUCAAUCGCCUUGGUGCAGAGCCACAGGAUGCUAAUGCCGCUAAGGAGGAUCACAGCUCUGAGAAACUUCAGGAAGGCACCAUGGUGAGCCUCCAUUGGAUGACGACAAAGUCAAUUCAAGCCUGCCAUAUUAUAUAUCCUACUAAGGCUAUUUUUGGCAAUCUCUCAUCUGCAGUUUCUCUUAGCACACUAUCGCAACACUCUGUAGUGCCUGGCUGUACAGACCACUUGUCUGAUAUUAGUGCUGAUGCCGACGAUGAUGAAAGAGCUGGGAAAAUUGGGCGUAAUUGUGAUACUCCUAGCAAUGAAUCUAAGGAAGAUAGGGAUGAUGAUUCAACCUUUGCGGCAGUGAAACUCCUGCUCAAGCCAAGUGAUUUUGUGUCUCCUUCAAGCAUUUCUACUUCUUUCACACCUUGUACGACAGCUGCAUCCACUAAUACUGCCAUGUCUCUUACAGCGAAUGGGCAUUCCGAAGCCGUUCGUGAGCUGUCAGAGCCACCUCAGCGCAAGUUAUCUCAAGGAAGCACAGCGAGUUCCUCAAGUCAGGAAGUUGCGGACAUCAUGGCGCCUGCAGAGAGGCUUGCUAAUGCUACUAAUAGCUCAGAUGAGGAUGAUGACGAUGAGGACGAAGAGUUGGAGCCAGGCUUGGGGUAUGACUUUGCAGCUGAAGACUUGACCUCUACUGCACUUCCACCCGCAGCUGAUGACCCUUCUAUUGUUGCUGUAUCCACUUUCAAAAGCCAGGGGUUGCAGGAUGGAGCAUGGCCUCAACCUCCAGACAAUACUGAAGUAUUUCAUGCUGUUACAACAACUGCAGUGUGCAAGCAUGCAAAAAUGGAUGAUACACCUCACGUUGAGGAGAAAAGUGCUGGCCAUGCAGUGGCCGAACUGGAGCUUUUGGUCUCCCACCUUGCAGAGAAAACUACCACACUUUCAAAGGCAGUAAAUACUCUGAGUUCUCAAUUUCGGGAACACCAUGCAGUGCUUGUGAAGUUGCAACAAGCACAGUUGUAUUGGGAUGAAGAGCUAUCGGCUUUGUCGACUGAAACCAGAUCAAACCUCAGUUCUCUUGGUACUUUGGAAGCUGCCGUUAUACGGCUAAGUGAAAUACAUAAGACCGGCAUUGACAAACAAUCAAGCAUUCUAGCUCAGAGCUUGGCCACCAUGCUUGGCUCUCAACUUGAAAAAUGCAUCGCCAAUGAAUUCAAGAACGCUGUGGUCCCAACUGUUACAAAAGUUCUUGAAACAACUAGGUGUGACAUUUCUAGGAGGCUCGAGAUGACCGAAACAGCGAUCAGAGAUGCCAUUAUCAAAGCAGUCAAAAGCAAGAUGAUGGCUGAUACAGUAGCUCAAGCCAUUAACACCUCGGUACAGUCGGACGUUCAAGGAACGUGUCGUGAGAUUUUACAAAAUACCCUGAUUCCAUCAAUAGAGCGCAUCUGUCAGGACUUGUUCUUGCAGCUCAACGAGGCUUUUAAGAGGGGCACCCGUGAGUUUCUCCAUCUAUCUCAACAGCAAAUCCAAAAACAUGGUGAAGCUCGUGCCUCUGAAACCAUGAAGAACAUUGAGUCAAAUGUCAACAGAGCACUGCAAACCUUUUUGCGGGACAACAGAGCUGCACUGGCUCCUCCAGAUUUUCGAGCUCCUCUGGAUGAGGUUGUGACAAGUGCAUUCAGUAACCUGAAGAUAGGACUUCUACAAGCAUUAGCUGCGCAACAGGAGAUGCUUGCGAACAGUCUGAGGGAAGAGAUGCACGGUGCACUGCAAGAGACUGUAGCCGCAGCUGCAUCUGAGGGAAUAGGAAGUCACUCGAGUAUGAAGACUCCUGUCCCUCUUGCAGACCCUUAUCUUGUGCUUCACCAGAUUACCCUUCUAGUGCGUCAGGGCCAGUAUAAUAUGGCAUUCCAGCAGGCACUGUCUAUAUCUGACCUCGCCACAGUUGUGGCAACGUGCGAGAUGGUGUCCCCUGCUGUUGUAUUUGGCGAGCAUCCAUGCCCUCUACAACAACCUGUGCUUCUGUCACUCAUCCAACAGUUAUGUGCAGACCUGGCGACCAGCACUGAAAUUAAGUUGAAAUACCUGGAAGAGGCUGUUCUCAGCUUGGACAAAGAAAAUGUUGUGACCAAGGAACAUGUACAAGUCAUCCUGACGCAGCUGUGCCAAAAGGUCGAGAUGUUCCUCACAGGAGCCCCUGCCCAUGACAAGGGACGAAUGGCUAAACGCUUGCUCAUGGUCACUCAGAGCUGCCUUGCCGGCUAGCUUCCAGUCACCGUGUGUGGCAUCUUGGAAAAUGUGUGGCCGAGCUGCUAUAAAAUUUUUGUAGUUUGCUGUUCUUGGCACAUUAAAGUUUGGUGUUUGUUGCGGUACUGGGCAGGUGCUAUGAGUGCACAGAUUACUGCGGGCUAGAACGAUGGAAGCGUGCACGAGAAGUGUAGUUGCCCAUGUGCACAGAUUUGGCUCUGGUGCAGUAUAAUGUUGUUAAGGGUGUUUUGGGGGACCACCCAUUGUUUAAAACCUGUUGUCUCCCUUUUUUUCGUUUCUGAUUUUUUUUUUUUUUUUUUUUCACUGGUAAGGAGGGAGGAGAAAAGCUCUUGUUUUCAAAACAUCAAACUUUCCUUAGCAUAAAUUCAAUAGCAGUCUAUGCAUUAUUUAUUACUUGCAAUAACCAAGACUGUGUGUAUUGAUGUUUAUUUUCAUAGUUUUUUCUUCAUGUGCUUUUUGUACCAAUUUUCUAAACAUUUUGAAAGAAAGUAAAAGGUUAAACAAUAUUCUACUGCUCCCCUUUCAAGAACAGUGAGGCAGAAUGCAGGUGUAUGAUGUACCUGGUUUUAAUCAACGUUGGACCUUUAACAGGCUCUGUGCUGCACAGCACAUAAAUAUUGCCCUCCAUUUAAUUGCCCAAUUUUCACCUCUUAGCACAGCAUUUCUCUUCCCUCCCUCUUCCUUCAAGUUUCCACAUAGAGCAUAAUGUGUCGUCCUUUUUUUUUUAGUUCAAAUUUUAAGAACUGUUGAUAUCACUUUUACCUCACUGUAAUGUUUUUGCAUUUCAUUUGACACUCUUCCUGUAUUGUUCACUAAGUGAUUUGUUUUGUAGAUUGCAGAGAAAUAAAGGCUUUCUAUUUAUUCAAUA